AUGAGCGUGUAUUCAGUUAGCGACUUGGAUAAAGAAUUCAAAAAGCUCUGGCCAAAAAGCAAAGAUAUCUUUAUCAAAAAGGAGGAAAAUGAUUGCUAUCUCAUAAAGUUUCAAACCCAAAAUGAAUAUGAAGUUGUUCUCAAGUUCAGACCGUGGUUUUUGGAAGGUGAUCUGCUGGCUUUAGAGCCAUGGAACCCUCAAAUCCCAAGAAGCUCAGUGGAUUUAACUAAACAUCUUAUGUGGAUGCGUCUGUAUAACAUGCAACCUGGAUUUGCAAAUCCAAAAAUUGUUUACAGUAUUGCUGAGGCUAUGGGAAAAGUGAAAGAGCUAGACCCACCAGAUUGUGUUGUCCCCAAAGGAAAAGUUCAAAAAGCUCUGGUUCUUUUAGAUGUUAGAAAUCCACUGCGUAGGGAAUUCUGGGUUGAAAACGUUGUCGGAGAGAAGGUUUGGAUUAGGUUGUUCUACGAGAAACAACCAUUUAAUCUAUGUGGGUUUUGCUAUACAAUAGAUCAUAAAGAACUAGAGUGUGAAAUCAUUGUUGCAUAUCUGCUUCAGCAACAAAGAGGAUACUUGUCUUCCACAUCUAUACUGGAUCCACCAUCCUGGACCAACCCUGAUUCCAGAGUUAAAUCUGCAAAUCAACAUGCAAUCAUUGAGCAAGGGAAUCAAAAUGAAAAUGAAGUCAAUCAGCCAGAAACUUCUCAAAAUGAUGAAGGUAGAUUCAUGCUUCCUGCUUCUACUUGCAUGCAUGCAAAAAAUACAAAACUUAGCUUGUUGCAAUUUAAUGUAGAAGUAAAUAAGGAUUCAGUCUCGUUGAAUGAACAACAUAAAGACAAUAUCAUUAAAAACAUUCCUUUGGAUUCUACUUCACUGAUUAUUGUGGUUGGUUGUAAUUCUCAAGGCUUUGUACAAGUUCAAAUAAAAAAUAAUAUAGAACAUGAAAAGCAGUCUAAAAGAUAA